GGGGGGAAGAGGGCUGGUCCUGCUGCGGUUUUGGAGCCCUGGGUUUCCUGGCUCCCUCCUUCUCGCAGCAGUCGGGCUGCGGGAGGCGGAAUGUCCCGGGGAGGGAGCAGGGAUGUGUAGCCACACGCAGCCCCUGGCAGCCGGCCUGAGCGUGCACGGCAGCAGCAGCAGCAGCAAGAGAAGCAGCCGGAGGAGCGGGGAGGCUCGCAGGCAGCUCCGCCGCGCCUCCCGAACCCCCCGUGCCCGGGCAGGGUUGGGCAGCAUGGCAGUCCCAUUCUUCCUCCUCCUCCGCUCCCCACGCUAGACUGGGGGCAGCCCCCCCCCCGAGACCCCAGGCUGGCAGGCACGCCCCCAGGGGAGAGAAAGGAGCCAUCGCCGCCGCCGCGAUCGCCGAGGUGACUAUCUCGGUGGGGCCACACUGACCAUGCUCAGGAGCUUUUGUCUUCAGCUCAUGUCCUUGCUUUGGAUCCUAGUGGCCCAUCACCAUUUUGCCCAAGGUGAUGACUGCAGUGACCACUGUAACUUGGCCCAUGGCAGCUGUGAAGAGGACGGCAAAUGCAGGUGUGACCCAGGUUGGGAAGGAAAAUAUUGUGAACAGUGUGUGAGGAUGCUAGGCUGUACCCAUGGAACAUGCCACCAACCUUGGCAAUGCAUCUGUCAAAAUGGCUGGGCUGGCAAGUUCUGUGAUAAAGAUGUGCAUAUCUGUGAGCACCAGACCCCUUGCCAGAAUGGAGCCCAGUGUGUCUAUGACCGAGAUGGAGAGUAUUCCUGCCUGUGCCUUGAAGGAUUUCACGGAAAGGACUGCGAACUGAAGACAGGGCCAUGUGAAAAAGCAGGAUUUCCAUGCAAAAAUGGUGGACUAUGCCAGGACAAAAAUGGCUUUGCUAGCAACUACACCUGCAAGUGCCUGGCGGGAUUCAUUGGUUUGCACUGUGAAAUUGAUGUCGACGACUGCCUGAUGCGUCCCUGUGCCAAUGGUGCCACUUGCCUUGAUGGCAUGAACCGCUUCUCCUGUCAGUGCCAGGUGGGCUUUGAAGGACGCUUCUGCACCAUCAACAUUGAUGACUGUGCCAGCCAUCCGUGCAGAAAUGGAGCAAAGUGUUAUGAUCGCAUCAAUGAUUUUGAUUGCUUGUGUUCUGAUGGAUUUGUUGGCAAAACCUGUGAGCUCCCUGCUCCAGAGCCAACUCUGGCCACCACAUUUCAACCUGACCACAAUGGUGUUGUGAAAAGCACAACUGGCAGUGACCUUUGGACGACUCAAUCUGAGCCAGUUAGGACUGUGGUUACUGAGAAACGAAUCACUAACAACAGUGAAAAACCAAAUGGGGGAGGGCUGCUAAUCUCUGUAAAAGAGGUGGUGACACAGCAGGACUCUGGGCUGAGUCAGUCACAAUUGAUUUUAGUGCUGGCAUUUGGGCUGCUCACUGUCGUGCUGGUCUUGGUAACUGUUUUGUUGCUGCUGAAGAACUGGCAGAGGGGGCGCCGGAGGUGCCAAAGCCCUGCAGAGUCUACACGGAAACUUCAGGACCAAGAGUGUCAAGUGGGAAUGUUAAGUACAGUCUUGAUAGAACCCAGGAAAACAACAGAGCUGUAAGGACCCAGAGUUGGACCCUGGCCAACCUACAUACACCCAUCAAUGAAUCCUUCAAACCAUGUCCUGGAGCCAUUCUGGCUGUGUAUCUCCAAAGUACUGAAGGGCUCCGGUAGAACUUAAGUUUGUGAAACAGCAAGAAGGAAGGAGGAUUCCUACAGGGUAGCAAAUCCUUGUUUGAAAACAAGAGUCCUUGAAUGUGUGCAGUUUAAGGCACUAGCUUGGUGACACCAAUUUACAAAGAGAGCCAAAGGAGAUGCUGGGUCACGAUAACCUGGUGUUGGAAACAGCAAGCAAGAGGGAAGUAUUCCAUCCCACAAGGACUAAAGGGAGAAAUGAGACCAAGCACGCCAGAGCAGAUUGUAGGAGCCAAAACUGUCUAAGCCCCUGGGCAUCUAGUAACUCUUGGACUUUGUCGUUGGAGAUGUUGUGUGGCCUAUCUAUUUACAUGAGGGGGCUUAGACACUACUCUUUGUAUACCCCACUGCUGAAACUCUGGCAUAGACAAUCUGAGAUUCCCGUUGUGGGUAGAGGUUUUCAGUCCAUUUCAAACACCAUGAGCUCAGUGGAGGGCCUCAUGGUUGCAUGAGCUGGUUUGCUGACUGCACUGAUUAUCCAGGCUCAUAUCUUGCCCAUUCUGUCCUGCACUGUGUCCUUUCCCCAUGCGGUUACAAAUGUUUGGUAGCUCUACAACUAACAUGUCUUACCCUGUCUUAUAUCAAACCAUCUCAGCAAGU